AUGAGUAGUCGUCGCCAGUCUGCCCUGAGCAAAUCCAUCCGCUCAGCUCUAUUCCGCGACCCAAACGACUUCCAAAGAACAACCCUCGGUCACAUUCAGGUCGUUUUCAGCAUCUACUACAUCGAACUCCUGCGCUAUGCCAACAUCCUCUUCCAGCGACUGCGCAAUAAUGUAUGGGAGAUCGACGAGAACGAGUAUCUGGGAUGUUUCGAGGCAGCUGAUCGAGUGAAGUCGAUGGGAGAUUUGGGGUUUUCUGGAUCGACAUUCUUCAGUACCUCCAACUCGAAAUUCCUCAUCAAAUCUCUCCCCCGCCACUUCGAGCACUCGUUCUUCCGUCGCGAACUCCUGCAACCAUACUACAUGCACAUGUGCACGAACCCCGAUUCCCUUCUUGUUUGGAUCACGGACUAUGUUUUCGCGCCGUACGUCACGAUCGGUAGCCUACUACGAACAACCCCCGCCCACCACAUCAUUAUGGACAACACGUUGUACGGGAAGAACGAUGAUCCUGCAAAAGACCAGUGGGAGACGUAUGACUUGAAACCGGUGGAUUAUUUCUACCCACAACGGGAUCUGGUUCCUGAUCCGUUGUUGAAUGAAAAAGCUAUGGAAAAACUGGGCGAUAGAUUCGAGGAUAAGGUCCGUCUUUUGCCAGAGGACUACAGCGAUCUGAUAAGGACUAUGCGCACCGAUACAAAGUUCCUGCAGGAGUCAAAUGCGGUGGAUUACUCCCUAUUUCUUGUGCGGUAUCCCGCGAGCUCGGCGCCUGAGGCUGUGGGGAGGAAGAAUCGGUGGAGGGUGGGUGUGUUGUCUGCUGAUGGGCAGUGGAAGUAUCGUGCCGUGUUGUUGGAUUUCUUCUGGGCCAGGCAUAAGCUGCAUGCACAGGCUAUGACAGGGGCGGUGCAGACGUUUAAUAUGAUCGGACGGCAGGGGCCUAUGACUAUUACGACGACGGCGGAGGAGUAUCGGGAGAAGUUUUUGGAGAUGGUGGAUGCUAUGGUGGAGGUGGAUGGGGACGAAGAGGCCUAG